CCUCUUAUCAACAAUUCCAAUCCAGAACACAACUAUUGCAAAAUAACUUAUAAAGCAUAAAAUCGCAUUCUACAUUAUUGAUUAGUACCAUUAGGAAACCAUUAUGGCGGAGGACGAAGACAAGGCUGAGCGCGACCGGAUCUUUGGUGCGUUUGAUACCAAUAAAGAUGGCCAAAUUUCUUCAGCCGAGCUGGGAGAUUCUUUGAAGAAGCUCGGCUCUGUGUCAGCUGAAGAGGUCCAAACUAUGAUGGAAGAACUCGACACCGAUGGAGAUGGGUUCAUUUCUUAUGAAGAGUUUACUGAUUUUUACAAUGCCAAUAGGGGCUUAAUGAAGGACGUUGGCAAGAUAUUCUAA